AACCGAACCCACUCCUCCACCUCUCUCUCUCUCUCUUCCCCGCACCUUCCCUUCCCCUGGCCACACCUGCCGCUCCAGAUCUGCGCCUCCGCCUCCCCCACGUCACGACGCCGCCGCCGCCGCCGCCGCACGCGCGGCCGUCGCGUCGCUAGCUAACCUCCCCUUCUAGAGCCUUCUAGACGCUUCUCCCGAUGCGGAAGAAGCCGGCGAGGGCGGUGCCGGAGUGGCUCAACAGCCCGCUCUGGUCGGCCCCGCCGCCUUCGUCUUCGUCGCCGUCGCCGCCCGUGCCCCCCGACCCCUACGGCGCCGACCUCUCCCCGCCCCCGCCUCCUCCGCCCAAGCCGCCGCCGACCGUCCCGCCCCCGUCGUACGAGCAGGCGGUGGGGUCGUCGAGGAGGGCGAGGAGCGAGGCGGGGUGGGAGGAGGAGGAGGAGGAGGAUGGGGAGGUCGGGGGUGGGGCCGCGCUCCGGGCGCACCUGCUCGCCGACUUCAAGCUCGCGCUGUCGAAGAAGGUGGUGAACAUGGGGGAGCUGCGGAGGCUCGCCUGCCUCGGCGUGCCGGACGGCGGCGCCGCCGUCCGCCCGCUCGUCUGGAAGCUUCUGUUGGGAUAUCUGCCAACUGAGCGUGCUUUUUGGCCUCAUGAGCUAGAAAAGAAGCGGAGCCAGUAUAGUGCAUAUAAAGAUGAAUUUCUCCUAAAUCCUUCAGAAAAAAUACGGAGAUUUGAGGAGUCAAAGUUGCUAAGAAAGAAAGAAUUAAAUAGUGACAAAAUUGGCCUUCUACCAAGAGCCAAAGUUACUAAUGAAGAGCACCCUUUGAGCUUUGGUAAAUCUAGCUUGUGGAAUCAAUACUUCCAGGAAUCAGAAAUCCUGGAACAGAUAGAUCGAGAUGUGAAAAGAACACAUCCUGAAAUGCCGUUUUUCUCUGCCAAGGCUAACCAGGAAUCUCUAAGGCGUGUUCUCAUUAUCUUCUCAAAAUUAAAUCCUACCAUAAGAUAUGUGCAAGGGAUGAAUGAAGUUUUGGCACCUCUUUUUUAUGUGUUCAAGAAUGACCCUGAUACAAGCAAUUCAGCCUCAGCUGAAGCAGACACUUUCUUUUGCUUUGUUGAAUUGCUCAGUGGCUUUAAAGACAACUACUGUAAGCAUCUUGACAACAGCCAAGUGGGUAUUCGGUCUACACUUUCAAAGUUGUCUCAGCUCUUGAAGAGACAUGAUGAAGAGCUAUGGCGACAUAUGGAGAUCACUACAAAGGUAUAUCCACAAUACUAUGCAUUUAGAUGGAUCACACUACUGUUGACAAUGGAGUUCAGCUUCAAUGUGUGUAUUCACAUUUGGGAUGCUAUCUUGGGUGAUCCAGAAGGUCCUCCGGACACGUUGCUAAGAAUAUGCUGUGCCAUGCUCAUCCUUGUCCGGAGGCGCCUCCUAGCUGGAGACUUCACUGCCAACAUCCAGCUGCUGCAGCACUAUCCACCGACUAACAUCGACCACCUUCUUCACAUUGCUAACCGACUAAGAGGAAGCGUAGCCAGCUAGCGAUACAUUCUCAUUUUCUGCAUAUCUGUACCUCGAUCUUGUCUUUGUGGUGGCGUUCAUCUGAUCAUAUUGUGAACUUGGCAAUGUAGGUAGCUGUGUUUAUCCCAUUUUGGUGUGGGUGUGGCUGGCAAUGUGGUUGUAGAAGAGAGCGUUGAGGCCCUAGAUGCAUUUCUUGUUGUGUUUACAUUAGAAACAUCUCCCCUAUGUGGAAAAAGCAUCAGUUUUACAUGUUCCGUAUGAAAAAUGUUGUGUUGGAUGUGUUACUUGGUAGACUAUACAGAUGAGGGAGGACUUAGGACUAGUAGGAAAGAGCUAUGGUUAGGCCACCUCAUAAACAAAUCAAUAGUUUUCAGAGUUUUAGCCAUUAGUUAUAGCUGUCAAUGUUUGGAUAAAAUUCCUACUUCCUCAGUUUUCUUGGCCUCUGUCGCAUUUGUAACUGAAAUUCGUACUGUAAACAUUGAAAAAAAAAUCGAGGUAAAAUUUGUAGGUUUGGCUCGAGUUUCUUUGAAAUUCGUGUUUGUAUUAA